AUGAGCAGCCAGGCCCUACCCAGGCUUCUGGAACUGGCCAAUCAGAGCCUGCUGAAGGAGAAGGCCUUGGCCAUCACAGCACUGGAGGAGCUGUCUACAGAGUUCUUCCCAACACUGGUCAUGGCAGCCUUCACUGGGAGACACUGUGAGGCACUCAAGGCCAUGGUGCAGGCCUGGCCCUUUGUCUGCCUCCCACUGGGGGCCCUAAUCAAAGACCAGUGGCUGCACUGGGAGACUUUACAGGCUGUGUUUGACGGGAUCAAUGGCCUGUUUGCCCAGGUGGUUCACCCCAGGAGAUGGAAACUACAAGUGCUGGAUUUAUGGAAGCAUGCUCAUCAGGAUUUCUGGAACAUUUGGUCUGGAUCCGUGACCCAUGUGCUCUCAUUGAUGGAGUUAGGGGCAGCCAAUCCCAUGACUAAGAGGCAAAAAGUGGAAGAUUCCAGGGUGGAGGAGAAGCAGUCCUCAGGUCCCCUGGAGGCGCUCCUAGACCUUUGCCUCAGGGAGGGCACCCCAGAUGAACUCCUCACCUACCUCAUUAAGAAGCAUCUCUGGGCACUCCAUUUGGACUCUGUCUACUUUCUGAAAGGUCACUUGGACCAGGUGCUCAGGUACCUGAAGACCCCCUUGGAGACCCUCUCCAUCACUCAUUGCCUGAUACAUCUGUCCCUGUACCCAAAUGUUGGUCAGUUGAAGGAUCUGAAUCUUCAUGGCAUCAGCUUGAUGAACCUAAAUCCUGGACCCCUCAAGUAUCUCCUCAAGAGACUCACAGCCACCCUCUGGGGUCUGGAUCUAGAUAAGUGUGGAAUUAUGGAUUUCCAAUUCAGCAUUCUGCUUCCAACUGACAACCCUCAGCUUAUAUGGAACCCCAUCUCUAUAGCUGUCCUGGAGAACCUGCUGAGGUUCACCAUCAGGCUGAGCAAGUUAAGCCACAUGCUGUAUCCUGCUCCUGUGGAGAGCUAUGAAGACACCGAUGGGAUUCUCCACCCAGGGAGACUUGCCCAGUUCCACGCCAAGCUGAGGCAGAUGCUGCAGGAGGUGGGGCAGCCCAGCAUGAUCUGA